UGUAAGAAGCAGUCAUUAUGGUCUCCUGGUCACAAUCUGAACGGAAUGUCAUUGAAGAUGUUUGGGGCAAAAUCAAUAUCGAAGAGAUCGGUCCUCAGGCCCUGGCAAGGGUACUGAUUGUCUACCCCUGGACUCAGCGCUACUUCGGCAAAUUUGGAAAUUUAAACAGUGUAGCUGCCAUCCUGGGGAACCCAAAUGUCGCUGCCCAUGGCAAAGUUGUGCUGAACUCUUUGGACAAGGCAGUGAAGAACCUGGACAGCAUCAAGACGAUCUAUUCGAAUCUGAGCCAACUCCACUGUGAGAUUCUCAAAGUAGACCCCGAUAACUUCAAGCUUUUGUCCGAUUGUAUCACCAUUGUGAUUGCGACCAAACUCAAAGCCGCUUUUACCCCUGAAAUUCAGGCUACAUGGCAGAAGUUCCUGGCAGUCGUCGUCGCCGCUUUAAGUAGCCGCUACUUCUAAGCUUUCCCUGGGAGUAGCAUUGUUUUGUAACUGUUGACAUGGUGCAACCAAUGAAAGUUUUAAUAAGACAGUUUGGACUUCCCAGUAAAAAACAAUUCCACUUUAGUGUAUUACAAAUAUAUUGAAAUCUUGGUACAUUGCAAAUAUACUAACAAAAAGUUGCACCAUCAGUUAAAAUAUAAAAAGUAUACUAACAUCAUGCUUUUACCAAAUUUUUUAAAGUUAAGCUUUAAACAUACUUCGAA